CACCCACCACCCUCUACGUCAGCGGCAGACGAGGGAGAGGCGUAUAAAAGGGAGAGGGACAUUGGAAGUAGAGGAGAAGAAACAUCUGUGGCUUCCAAAUCUCAUGAGCGGCCGCCACCAACUGCACUGCACUCCCUUCACCACUCUCCUCUGGAUCUCUGGCUGAGUCUGAGCUGCCGAGGCUUCUCUCUGACACACACUCGGCCACACACUCCUGCCUUUUUCCAGCCUCCUGUGACUGUAGCUCUGGUCUGUCACCUGCACUCCUGUCACAGCAUGCAGCUCCUGGUGGUGUUAGCAGCUCUCAUGGGGGUUCUGUUCAGCGUUAGAGCAGCUGCCGUGCUUCCUGUGGAGGAUAGGAGCCCCAUCCAUGUGAGCAGGGAGCUGAGCAAAGAGCGCAAGGAGCUGAUCCUAAAGCUGGUGUCAGGCUUGUUGGACGGAGCCCUGGACACCAACAUGCUGCCGGGGGAAUCGGUCUCCAUGGAUCUGGAGGAGCCGCUGGAGUCUCGUCUGGAGGAGAGGGCUGUCUAUAACAGGCUAUCGUUGCCUCAGCGCGACCGUAAAGCCCCCUGUAAAAACUUCUUCUGGAAAACUUUCACCUCCUGCUAACAGUGCCAAAAAAAACAAAAAAAACAAAACAUCGCCUGGCUCUGCCUCCUCGACUCCUUUUCCCUCGCAGCUCUACAUGAACUGUAGUAGACCUCAGCUGUACAUAUCAUCUUCACCUGUCAGACAUGCAGCAUCGAUGGACUUCAUUGAGACCGUGUGUCUGUUUGAAUAUUGAUGAUUUAUGUAUGUAUUUAUGUAUACAAUAUAUGUAUUUAUGUAUGUAACAGUUUCAUUCAGGGUCAACAAUAAAGCAUGGAUAUAAUAUUUGA